AUGGUCAACUGGUCCCCCAAGCUGGGCACCGCUGUGAGUGAUCUGGAGGUGGAGUACAGCGAGGAGCCGGGGUUCCUGUACUACUUCAGGUACCCGGUAGCCGACGCCCCGGGGGAGUUCCUGCCCGUGGCCACCACGCGCCCCGAGACGAUCCUCGGAGACACGGCUGUCGCAGUCCACCCCGAGGAUGAGCGGUACCGGCAGUACGUGGGGCGGGAGCUGACCGUGCCCAUGACGGGCCGCACCAUCAGGGUCAUUGCGGACGAGUACGUCGACAUGGAGUUUGGGACGGGGGCCCUCAAGAUCACGCCAGGCCACGACCCCAACGAUUACGAGAUCGGCAAGCGGCGCGGGCUGGAGACCAUCAACAUCAUGAACAAGGACGGGUCCCUCAACGAGAACGCCGGGCAAUACGCCGGGAUGGACAGGCGCGUGGGGCGGGCUGAGGGUGGCGUUGGGUUCGCGGUGCGCAAGCAGCUGUGGGCCGACAUGGAGGCCGCGGGGCUGGUCAUCAAGAAGGAGGAUUACACCCUCAGCGCAGCUGUCCUGGACGAGUAA